CUCAAAUCUUCCCCUCAUCCAAACUUACUUAUCAUUGUCCAGGGCACCACCAUCCUUCCAGUCUCCCAGUUUCAUAACCUUGGCAUUAUCCUCAAUCCCCCACUCCUCUUCAUCCCACAUAUCCAGUCAGUUGCCGCAUCUUGCCAUUUUUAUCUCUAUAACAAACAUCCCUUAGAUCUAACCCUUUUCUCCCCUCACAUAGAUAACACUUCAUUUCAGGCCCUCACCAUUCAUGUAGAUUGUUGUAAUGGCUUCCUAACUGGUCUCUCACCGCUCCAAUCCGUCCUCUACUCUAAUUUUUCCUAAGUGCACAUCUGACAUAUGACUCCCAUACUCAGUCAAGUCUGGUAGCUUCCUAUGGCCUUUCAGAUCAAACAAAUUCCUGGUUAGCUUUUAAAACCCUUUACCACUUAGCCCCAACCUUUAUUACCAGCCUUACUGGACAUUUCUCUCCUGUAUGUAUUGUGUUCUAACCAAACCACCCUUCUCCAUGUGGUGUAGUAGGAACCCUGGAUUUUGUGUUAGAAAAGGUGGGCUCAGAUCCAGACUCUGCCACUUAGACUUUGGACAUAUUAGUCCUCCUCCAAAUGUUUCCUCAGCUGUAAGUGAGAGGAGGCUUGGACUAGGGGACUUCUGUGGUCCCUUCUAGUUCUUUCUCCCAUGCUGUACUUAAGUCUUCCUUUUAAAACACUGCCGAUGUUUUGUGCUGACUUCCUUCCUUGUAACACAGAACUACAGUUAAGUGAAACAGAUUGCCCCAUUGGCCAUAUCUGACAACAUGGGCCUACUUCCACCCUUUUGGUUUAUCCCCUCCUCUCUCCAGAGAGGAGGGAGGCAUAUUUCACUGUGAGUCCUCUGAAAUCAUGAUUGGGUCAUCAUUAAAUUUGGUGUCUUUCAGGAUCCAUUCUUCUGUCUUAAAUGGAAAGAGUUUGGGUCAGGAGCCAUCUAUCUGAUGAUAGAGAAUGUCCUCUGAGAAGCAUUUUUGCCAGAAUGAACAAUACAGUUUAAUUAAAUACUCUAUACUACAUGGCCAUCAGGUCUUCACUCAGAAAGCAUCAAGUCUGAAGCAGGAGGAAGACACCAUUCUUGACACCCAGUUCUGGGAAAGCUUUCCCAGGGUCUUCCUGAUAAGGAUGAGGCAGCUCAAAGGGAAACCCAAGAAGGAAACCUCGAAAGAUAAGAAGGAGCGGAAGCAAGCCAUGCAGGAGGCCCGGCAGCAGAUCACCACCGUCGUGCUGCCUACGCUGGCUGUGGUGGUGGUCCUGAUCGUGGUGUUUGUCUACGUUGCCACACGCCCCGCCACCACUGAGUGAGCCAUGCCUCAUGCCGUCUCAGGACUGGAGGGGACUAGAUUGGGAGAGAAAAAAGGAGGCAGAAAAGAAAAGCCAAAAAGGAAAAAAAAUUACUUCUAAAUUCAGAGACUUUAAUGCUACUGAGCCUGAAGCUCCCUAUCUCCUCUGGCCUUGGGCUUGAUUAAAGUUUCUCAGUUCUCUUGGAAUGUAAUAGGAAAUGUAUUAUCAGUGAAUGUGCCAUACACCUUAUGGUCCACUUCAUGUGCCUUUCAGACUUAAAAAAGGGGUGUUUCUUUCUAAAACCGAUGUAUAUGUAGCUCCACCUGGAGAAAGGAGAAAUCUGCUGUGCCAUAAAUCU